AUGCUUUCUGUAAACAACCUAGUUCGGCCGCCAAAACAGGCCUCGGACGAGGGAGAUGGACCCCAGCUGUUGCUCAAGCUCCAGGGCCUCUUUGACAAGGGAAAACCUGCCUCCAGUCAGAUUGACAUGUUGGCGGUCCUCUUUGAUGACGUUCUUGAGGAGCCGGGAGAGGCAGUGAACAAUGCAUCCGUGCCUGACGUUACGCUCUCCACCAAAGAGUGCAUUCUUGAUUAUCUUGCCGGUUACGUGGUAAAAAAGUUUUCAACGAUAAGCUGCACUGACUGCGUAGGAACACUCAAGAGCCAGACACGAGAGCCAACUGACCUAAUCCAGAAGAAGUCAAGAGGAUUCCUGCAAGUGCCCUCAUCCCAGCUUCUCAGCCUGUUGCGCAUUGUGGAAGGACAUGUUGAAGAACUGACUGUGGACACAGUUGCAUGUGCCGAUGUGUAUGCGACCAUUGUUGACCAAGUUUUGCUCGACAGCCGCAUUGCUUCUGCUGGUGUGGGCUGUAGGUUGCACUAUGUGGGUACCACAGCAGAGGUUGUUCAUUUUUUCUUGAGGUGCCGCCUGCACUUUUACACCAGGGAAAAAACAAGCUGA